UAAAAAAAAAACUGUCAUAUUUUCGUUCUGGGGCUGGCAACGUUGUCGGACAAGAUCGACGGUGAGCCACCUGGCGAGUACUUCCGAUCCGAGCGCGAUAUCCGCGUAUACAUGUUAACUCGGAGACGGAAGAAAACAAAAAGAUGGAGGAAGCGGACGUGGUGCUGUGGGUGGGAGGAGAGAGAUUUCCUUGUCAUCGAAGCGUUUUAGAGAAGGCUUCUCCCUACUUCCGCGCCAUGUUUGCAUCGGACAUGAUGGAGCGUCGGGCCGAGGAGAUAGUGAUUCGCGACGUGGAACCCGACGUCUUCCGCAUCUUAAUCGACUUGGUCUACGAAAGAAAGGCGGAAGUGGACGCUGACAACGUGGUUUCCCUGACCCGCACCUCCGACCUCUUGCAGUUCGAAGAGGUCAGGGGAAAGUGCUGCGAAUUCCUGUCCAACAACCUGGACGCUUCCAAUUGCGUCUCUCUACUGAUUUUGGCGGAUUAUUUGAGCCUGAACGACCUCCUCCGCCGCGUCCGAUCCUUCCUUCUCGGUCAAUUCUCUUUGGUCGACAAAGAAAACGAGUUGUCCCGUCUUCCUCUUCCCCUCUUGUCGCAAUUGUUGUCGGACGACCGCCUCAACUGCGCCGACGAAACGGAAGCGUUCCAAACGAUAAUUCUCUGGACCCGACGCAAUGGCAGCGACCAUUUGGUCCAUCUUCUGUCGCUGCUUCGAUUCAAGAGUCUCAGCCCGGACGAAAUGGCCGACAUUCGAAGUCGUCGGUCGAUCCGGGACGACUCCCGAGCCCGAGAUUUCCUGCUUUUGGUGGAAGAGGCCGCCGGAGGAAAGAGUUCUCGUCCCGACGACCGCCGAGAGAUCUGGCGAAAGGCGGUCCUGGCCGCCGACAGUCCUCCUCGCCGCAACGUCCUUCCUCUGGUGUCGGGCGGAUGGAUUUCCGGGUCGGAGGAGACCGAGGAGGAAGAUUCUUCCGCCGACGGACGGCGGGAAUGGAGGAGGAGGAGAGAGGUGGCGGGAGCGCCCCGUCUUUUGAUCUGGACCGGCGGCGAAUUCCGAGAGUUGAAUCGUCCCUUCGGCGACCACGGCUCCAAGUCUCGGAAGCAUUUUUUUGACGGCAACGCUCCCGUUUACGGUUACGUCUCGUGCGUGGUGGAUAACGAUCUGUAUUGUUUCGGUGGAGAACACGUGAUCGGUUCGGGGCACUGGAACAAGACUAUUUGGAAAUGCGAUUUACGAGACGGGACGUGGAGAGAGGUGGGAAACGUGGAAAACCCUCGUAGACACUGCCCCAUCGCCGUUUUAGACAAAAGAGUAUAUUUGGUGGGAGGAUACGGAAAAUUUCGUAAGAGACUGACGACGGUAGAAUGCUACGACACCAGAACGGGAAGUUGGCAGACCAAAGCGGACCUCCCCGCUCCCGUUCAUUCCUCCCCCGCCGUGGCGUUCGACGGUCGCAUCUACGUAUUUUCCGUGCCCGUUUAUUGCUACGUGCCGGCCACGGACGAGUGGAAAGAAGCGUCCCUUCGGACGGAAAACGGUUUCUCCGCCGCCUUCGUCUUUAAAAACAGACCUUACGCCGUCACCCGAGGGGAUCGAGCGGCUCUACUGCGUUUGACUUUACCCGACUCGGAAUGGCACAGGGAAUUUGUUUUUCCUACUCGAGUGGACUGCGGAUGUCUUUGUCACAACUACUUCUACGGUUUCAACGAUAAUACGGUGGUGGUCUACGAUGUGACCAGGAGGACGUGCCAGACCAAACAGAUCAACGGCCGACUUCGUUCCGAAAUGUGUUCUUCUCUACCAAAUUUUAUAAAUUAGACAUUUUAUAAUUUUGUAGUCGAUUUUAAACGAAAAAUUUUUACCUUCGAAAUAAAUACUACAUUUUUUAAAUUUAUAUAUAUGUAUAUACAUAAUAGAUAAAUUUGUUUUCCCUUUACCCUUUGAACUCGUCGCGUGCGAUCGGUACUACAGAUAUUCUCUUGACAAUGUAGAGUCUAUUGUUAUGUUAUUGUCUAAGUUAUGGCUAUUGUACGGAUUGCAGAAAGAGGAAAAUAAGCAAAAGUUUCGAUGAAAAAAUAUAUUUUAUAAUGAUAAACAUUUUCCAGUUUGCUUUUUAUUUCUGUGUACGCAUCCGGAAAUGUAAAUCCUGUUACCAAGAAGGUAUUAUACUAUGUGAACGAAGAAUAUUUAUCUACGUGAUUUAUUACUUGAUAUCUGUUCAUGUAUUGUGUCAUGGCAAAUCAAAUUAGAAGUUUUCAAUAGAUACGUGUGGAUCUGUUUAUAAGCAUUAAUGUCACUUUGAAAAGUUCUAGUGACUAACGACAACACGCAAUGCCUCAAAGACGACAACGAACUGCGUAUCAGAAAAUAAUUCAGUUUGAAUUAGGCCGCGUGGUAGGCCUUGAAAAGGUGGAUUUUCGUUGAGUGAGAUCGUGGAAAGAAUGAGUCGAAAAGUGUCCAUUGCUUACAAGUGUUGGCAGCGAUGGUCCAGGGAAGACACUACUAUCAGAGGACCGGAGUUGUCUAUGUGCGGAGAGAAAAGAUCCGCACGUAGGCAGAUGCGCCAUCGAUGAUGUCGCGCAAGAGUGAUUGGAAGGCAGAGUGGAAUUUUUCAUGUUCACAGACGAGAGCCGUUUUUGCCUUAGUAUCGGUGAUAGACUUGCAGAUCAGGAGGCCUGCAGAACGUCUAUUGGAAAACAACAUCCAUCGUCGGCAUACUGGUCUUAAACAUUAUAGUCUGGUGGGUUAUUUCUUACGAUAACGGGGUUCCACGUGUUAAUCCCGAAUGCCGCACUACCAAACGUUCACAUCAACGGCGACCAAACCCGUUUGUUCUGCCAUUCGUCAACAGUAUUGAGGAGGCCCGUUUCGACGGGAUAAUGCUCGUUCCCGUACUGCAGCUACAACCCAACACGCUCCCAGAGACGUGCCCACCAGCGGCCAAGCGGUCUUCGUACCACAAACACUGGCCAACCCCGACGGGCUGGCCACGUAGAGUUUUCCGGGUUUUCUCCACGUCUGUAACGCCUAAAUAGAAAACCAGUUUCCCUUAAAAACACCUCCCGGAAGGCAGAUCGCCCAAGUGUUGCGUUGCCAUAACUCAAACCAAAUCAAAACCCAGAAACGUCGAAGUGUUGCCCCAACAGGCAAAAUCAGAUCUUUAGGUAGACCUACAACGGUCGACCGUUGCAAGAUCUACCUAAGGGACCCUAUAGGGACGGCAGUGGGUAUGGAGAAGGAUGACAUUUAACUUUCACGUGAUGCACGCACAUUUUGUGUUAUAUUCUCGAAACUCAUCAGUGUAGUAAAUCACGCAUAUAAAUGUUGUGUGCAAUUUUCGUUUAUCUAGCACAACUCCUUGGUGUUAGGAUUUCCAUUUCCGGCAGUGUAUAUGUAUAAUACUGUGAAGAUCACCAGUUCCCCCUCCAAAAAUUGUUGUAAUUGUGUGUGUGUAUAUAUAUAUGUAUUUGUGAAUUGUUAUUUACAUUAUCUGUAAUGAUUUUAGUUUAAUCACUUUAUUCUAAUCUUUUUCUAAUAAUGUAUUCGCUUUAAUUAAUUAGUUAGAAAUUUUAUUGUAUUUUAAGCUCUACGUAUAAUUUAUAUUUUUUUUUCCUUUGAACCCACAUCUCGAAGAUAACCGAGAUUGUUUAUAUAUGGACCAAAGUUGUAAGAGGAAAUUUGCCUAGUUUUUCGAUUUUAGAGACUUCCCUAUAGAAAUUUCUAAUAUCAACUUGGAAUAAUUUAGAGAAACGAAUUAGAAUAAGAAGUUUAUUAAUUAGCAUCAAUAAAUCUCACAACAUGCGAGGAAAAGACGAGAGGGCAUUUAAGUAAUUAAAUUAAUUUGUAAAAGAAUAAAAUUUAAAGGAAGUGGAAAAACACCACUUCCCGUUUUUCCCCUCCCCGCCGAUCAUAGCGGCGAUCGAACACCGUUCCAAGGCACGAGAAGUACGAUGCAUAACAGUAACCAAAACAAUCGAUGAAUAAUGAUGGGAACUAUCAAUGAUGACGUCCGCGGAGUUCGGCGUUAUCACUAUCUAAAGUCAAGAAAGAUUAAAACUGUUUUGCUACGGCAAUGACUCGGCACGAAAGUCGAACCAAUAAUAAUAGUAAAUCACACGAUGACUCUCCUGCGCUGAGAGGUGUGUAAAAGAGGUCCAAAAUCCAGGAAUCGGAGAGCUCCUCUGCAGACAACGGUAGAAAGCAACGGCCUCGCCAGACUCCCAACGAACGAACCAUCCCACACGAGGAAGGCAUCAACGGCGGACAUCGACAGUAGACUUAAGUGGACCCGUCCCGUCAUAACCGCGAGGAAAUUUCGACUAGAAGCGAACGCCAUUUACCGGCGGACACCAAGAAAAACGGAAGAAGGAACUAGAUCAAGAGACUGACCAGCCAGCCCUACGAGUGAAGACGGCUCCCUUUCUCCUGGUAUGUUGUAGUUCGAAUACCCCCCUGUUAGGCAGUCCCUCGUUUUAUAGAUAGAAAUAGGCAGAUUUCUUGAAUUGGAUUUUAAUUAAAAAUAUUAUCCAGAACUUAAUUUUCGAUGUUAAACUCUUGUUGUUUGUAUUUGACUCCGCAUUCAUCCUCCCGAGAGGCUCUUUCCCGGAAUUCGGAGUGACUCUUACCCUCGCGCCUUAACUAUCUAUUUGUGUCAAAAUCGGCGGUGUGUCCGAAAAAUACGCCUGGUGGCAGGACCUACCCUAACUUAACGUAAUCUAACUUUUGACGGGCCGACCCUCACAAUACAUAUCUAUAAAAUUCAACCCGAACAAAAACAUUACGUCCACACAGCGACCACGUCGGAAAAGAGUGCCGUAACCCUUCCGAAGAAGCGAAUUUAAUACAAAAACAUCGCUUUCCGGUCAAAAGUGCCGGAAGAAAGGAUCUCUCGGGACUCCAAACAAUGUAAUUUGUAACAGAUAUUAGGCCAAAAAUAUUUGAAAU